GUGAGUAAUGCAGUCGGAACCUGGAGCUUGUACCUCUCCGGCCACUACCUCAUCAUUGCCUCUUCUUCCUCUCUGCACUCGCCAUCAUAAACCACAACUCUCUCCAUUCCACAUCCACAUCCCCCCCCUUUCUCUCCUCCCCGAAACUCUUCCUCUCCCGCCGCAUACUCACUUCGCCUCACGCGCCUGCGCACUUCGUCGACAUCAACGCAGACGUCGUGCGCCUCUCUGCACCCGGUCGUAGCCCGCACUCUCGGCCACGUUUCCAUCCCCUCCCGAAUCCAAGUCACAGCUUCUGCGAAGCGAAUCCGACGAGAUGGCUUCCCAUCCCGACGAACACAAGAAGAAGGUCAACUUGACUGACCCCUCGGGCGCCGAGGUCAAGAACGAAGAUGACACCGCGACCGCAAUUCUCAAGAAGAAGAAGAAGCCCAACCAGCUCAUGGUCACCGAUGCCGUCAACGAUGACAACAGCAUCAUCGCCCUGUCCGAGGCCACCAUGGACUCUCUCCAGCUUUUCCGAGGUGACACCGUCCUGGUACGGGGCAAGAAGCGCAAGGACACCGUCCUCAUCGUUCUCGCCGACGAGGAGCUCGAUGACGGCAGUGCUCGCAUCAACCGCGUCGUCCGCCACAACCUCCGUGUCAAGCACGGUGAUAUGAUCACCAUCCACCCGUGUCCCGACAUCAAAUACGCCAAGAGAAUUGCCGUGCUGCCCAUUGCCGAUACCGUCGAGGGCAUUACUGGCUCCCUCUUUGACGUCUUCCUCGCCCCCUACUUCCGUGAGGCCUACCGGCCAGUCCGCCAGGGUGACCUGUUCAUCGUCAGAGGUGGCAUGCGGCAAGUAGAGUUCAAGGUCGUCGAGGUCGACCCCCCCGAAUAUGGCAUCGUCGCCCAAGAUACCGUCAUCCACUGCGAGGGUGACCCGAUCCAGAGAGACGAGGAGGAGAACAACCUCAACGAGGUUGGCUAUGACGAUAUUGGUGGCUGCCGCAAGCAGAUGGCUCAGAUCCGCGAAAUGGUCGAGCUUCCCCUCCGACACCCACAGCUCUUCAAGUCCAUCGGUAUCAAGCCCCCCCGCGGCGUCUUGCUCUACGGACCUCCUGGUACCGGUAAGACGCUCAUGGCCCGAGCUGUGGCCAACGAGACCGGCGCCUUCUUCUUCCUCAUCAACGGUCCUGAGAUCAUGUCCAAGAUGGCUGGCGAGUCCGAGUCCAACCUUCGCAAGGCCUUUGAAGAGGCCGAGAAGAACUCUCCAGCCAUCAUCUUCAUCGACGAGAUCGACUCCAUUGCCCCAAAGCGUGAGAAGACCAACGGCGAGGUCGAAAGACGUGUUGUUUCCCAGCUCCUGACGCUCAUGGACGGCAUGAAGGCUCGUUCCAACGUGGUCGUCAUGGCCGCCACCAACCGACCCAACUCGAUUGACCCGGCCCUGCGACGAUUCGGCCGCUUCGACCGCGAAGUUGACAUUGGCAUUCCCGACCCCACCGGCCGUUUGGAGAUUCUCCAGAUUCACACCAAGAACAUGAAGCUUGGCGACGAUGUCGAUCUGGAGCAGAUUGCUGCCGAGACGCACGGCUAUGUCGGUUCUGACGUUGCUGCCCUUUGCUCCGAGGCCGCCAUGCAGCAGAUUCGCGAGAAGAUGGACCUCAUCGAUCUCGACGAAGACACAAUCGAUGCCGAGGUCCUCGACUCCCUUGGCGUCACAAUGGAGAACUUCCGCUUCGCACUCGGCGUCUCCAACCCCUCCGCGCUCCGCGAGGUGGCUGUUGUGGAGGUGCCCAACGUCCGUUGGGAGGACAUUGGUGGCCUCGAGGGUGUCAAGCAGGACCUCCGCGAGAGCGUCCAGUAUCCCGUCGACCACCCCGAGAAGUUCCUCAAGUUUGGCAUGUCCCCGUCCCGUGGUGUGCUCUUCUAUGGUCCUCCCGGUACCGGUAAGACUAUGUUGGCCAAGGCUGUCGCCAACGAGUGCGCCGCCAACUUCAUCUCCGUCAAGGGUCCUGAACUGCUCAGCAUGUGGUUCGGUGAGUCUGAGAGCAACAUCCGCGACAUCUUCGACAAGGCCCGUGCUGCGGCUCCCUGCGUCGUCUUCCUCGACGAGUUGGACUCGAUUGCCAAGGCCCGUGGCGGCUCCGUUGGUGAUGCCGGCGGUGCUUCCGACCGUGUUGUCAACCAGCUCCUGACUGGUAAGUCUUGUUGGCUGACCCCGUUACCUCGCAUAUAGCCCACUAACGUUCUGUGCAGAAAUGGAUGGCAUGACGUCGAAGAAGAACGUUUUCGUCAUUGGCGCCACCAACAGACCUGAGCAGCUCGACCCGGCUCUGUGCCGUCCCGGCCGUCUGGACUCGCUCAUCUACGUUCCCCUGCCCGACGAGCCUGGCCGUCUCGGUAUCCUCAAGGCGCAGCUGCGCAAGACUCCCGUCUCCUCCGACAUCGACCUCGGCUACAUCGCCAGCAAGACACACGGCUUCUCGGGUGCCGAUCUCGGAUUCAUCGCCCAGCGGGCCGUCAAGAUUGCCAUCAAAGAGGCUAUCAACGCCGACAUCGAGCGCACCAAGGCUCGCGAGGCUGCCGGCGAUGACAUGGACGUGGAUGACGACGCGGAGGAUCUCGUGCCUGAACUGACGCGGGCCCAUUUUGAGGAGGCCAUGCAGAUGGCCCGCCGGUCAGUCACGGACGUGGAGAUCCGUCGCUACGAAGCCUUUGCUCAGCAGAUGAAGAACGCCGGGCCCGGUGCUUUCUUCAAGUUCCCCGAGGCUGGCGCAGAUGGCCAGGCCAGUGGUGAUGCUGGCAACGGUUUCGGCGACGCCGGCAACGAUGAUGACCUCUACGACUAAGCCUGACAGGCUGGUCUCCGCUACGGACACCACGCUUGUCCAUGUAUUUUAAGUUUUCCGACUCGUACAUGAGCAUCAUCUCUGGGCACACGGCUUAUGGACAGCAUCAAAUCUCAAACCAUGACGCCUUUUUUGUUUUGCUGCUUUCAUUUUUCGGACCCUCUAGGAGUUGGUAGAAAUGGCAGUAGAGGGAGGACGGCGGAGGACACGAUUGACGCCCGACUCUAGGCACAACUAGACAGACUGUUGCUACUCGGCGCGGAAAAAAAUUACGUUGGGCCGUCGUUUUGCGAGUCGGUGUGGCAGAGCAGGCUCUCGUCUCCUUGUGCCACUGAUUGCGGUAAUGGAGGAAAGGGGGGAGGUCAGUUUGAUAGAUGACGCAACUUGAUUUUGACAUGUACUUGACCAGCGUCGGCUCCAUGGUGAUGUUUCCCGUAUUACGAUACAGGCGGUUGUCAAGGCAAAGCUAGGAGUCCCUUUAUCUGCUGGUAUUGACUGAGCCUAUCCAUCCGCCUGAUGCACCUAUGUUUCCUCGUCCUCCCUCCUCCCCCCUCCCCAUGUGGUCAAGUUGCCUUGCAUGCCGUUGACAUUGAAACC